AUGCUAUCUGGAGGAUGACUAAAAGGUGUCUUCAGUAGCCGUUUGAAAGGAGGUGUUCAUUCAACCAAAGUUCCUAAAGUGGUGAGGCAGCUGGCUCAUGAUUGAUUGUAAUCUAGCAACGAAACAAACUCCAAGAGGAGGUGUGAAGAUUAAGGUGAUGGUUGCUGACGCCCUGGGUGUUUCUAGAGAAACUUACUUGGCCAUUCUGACGGACUGGUCCCACAACGGUCCUAUAAUAGUCAGCUGUUCCCAGGGGGGCAUUGAAAUCAAAGAAGUGAUAGCUCCCAAUCCAGAACUCAUCUUUAAAGAGCAGAUUCACAUCUUUGAGGGGAUAAAGGGUAGCCAGGCCCAGUGCAUGGCAGAAAAUCUGGGCUUCCUCUGGCCUGGGAAAAACCAGGCUGCAGAUCAGGUUCAAAAGCUGUAUCAUCUCUUCCUGAAGAUUGAAAGCAUGCAGGUGGAAGGGUCCUUCUUUGGUGAAACUCCAGAAGCAUAUGUUGGUUGUUUUGAUGCCAAGAUAAACUUUGAUAACCACGCUGAAUUCUGACAAUCGGACAUACUUACUAUGAACGACAAAUCGGAGAAUGAGCCCAGUGAAAAUGAAGCUGCCGCAUAUCAUCUCAAGUACAUAGGACUAGACCGGAACAUCGCCUGCGUCCUGAAUGGCGCUGGGUUGCCCAUGGCUACUUGUGACACCAUUUUCCUGAAUAAAGAGAAGGCAGCUAACUUCUUGGACCUCGGAGGUGGGGUAAAGGAAGCCAGAGUCUACCAAUCAUUCAAACUACUCACAUCUGAGUCCAAGGUGGAAGCUAUUUUCUUCAGUGUCUUCGGUGGGAUCGUCAGCUGUGCCAACAUCGCCAAAGGGAUCACCAAGGUGUGCCGGGAGAUAGAACACAAGAUCCCACUGGUGGUCCAACUUGAAGGAGCUAACAGCCAGGAGGCUCAAAAGACGCUCAAAAGCAGCAGACUCCCUAUUACAGAAGCAGUGGACCUAGAAGACACAGCCGAGAAAGCUGUUACCAGUGUGGGAAAAAAGUGA